CAGUUUAAAAAUUCGAUUUUUAAAUAAUUUUUUUUUCAAAAAUAAGCGUUUUUUUUCGGAAAAAAAGUAUACAGAUAGUAUUAGAAUGACUAAAAGAAUAAUUUAAAAAUGUUUUUGAAAAAUGUGAAAGUGGCCCAUUACGGUGAUUUCUGGAAAAUGCCCAAUAUGACGUCUUCUUGACUUCAACUGAACAUAACCUGGCUUUUUUGUUUAGGUGAGGACUAGAGUGGGUUUGUUUAUGUUGGUUCUUUAAAUUUCAAAUAAAUUAAAUUACAAAUUACAUCAUUCUAUUAGUUUAUUAAAAUCUCUUGUAAGCUUCCAGUGCCAACUUAUAAUGGAAAAUCUCGAGGAAAAUCUCUCUAUAAUGCGAACUCGGAUCUCGACUCGAAUGCGAUAUAACAUGAAAGAUCACAUUUUCCAACCUCUACCACAAGAAAUAAUCAGAGGUCAUGAUUUGUUCAAAGCAGAAGAGAAAAAUAAAUAUUUUGAUAAAUUACUCAAAAAAACUCUACCAUCAAGUGACUGGCACGGAAUAACAUCGGGUUUAAAAUGGAAGUUCUUCCUCGAUCAACAUUCAUUGGAAAAGCCCAAUAGAAGGAACAAAAAGAAAACAUUUCUUACUAGGAAGGAAAGAAAAAAGGCGGGAUUGUUGAAAUUACCAAAGGAUGAGUGGAAUUACAAUUCCUUAGAAGCAAUACGAAACAUGUGGAAGGAGUAUAUGAGAGAAAAUUUAGAUUUAAUUAAUAAAGCUCCUACAUGCACUGAUCAAGAGUGGAACAGCUUCAGUGUAAUAGUUGCAAAAUCCGAAAUGAUCGGUUCCGAUAUAAAAGUUAUAAAAUCUAAAGUUCCUAGCUUAAUAGGAAUGAGCGGAACUGUGGUUUUGGAAACUAAAAUGUCUUUCCAAAUAGUUACACCUCAGAAUAAACUGAAAAUUAUACUUAAAGAUACUUCAGUGUUUCAAUUUGUACUUGACAAUAUGAAAUUUACAUUCUUUGGCAAGCAUUUGACCGCAAGACCGAGUGAUAGGAGUGUGAAAAAAAUUAAAACUUUAAUGCAACCUGAUUUGUGAUUACAACAAUAAUUAAGUAUAUUUACUAAAGUUACAACUUUGUAUUUAUGGUUUAUUUACAAUUCAAUCCUCUCAAGAUUGUACGUUCCAGGAUACUUUCAGCGGUUUUCUGGAUUUAUGUAGGGUAAAACAUUAUGAUGAUUUGAAAAUUAUCAAUAUUCAUUUAUCAGCCAUAUUAGGUACCUUCCUCCAUAAUUUGGAUAAGAGUAAAUUUCAAAAUAGGAUCGAACCAAAACUUUCACCUUACAACUGAUAUGAUUAUGAUCAGUAAUAAUUGAAUGCAUUUUAUAUUUUUAUAAUGUUUGCUCUGGAAAUUAAUGUAUUAGGUAUGUUCAAAAGCAAACAUUUCUGUAAUUGUUUUCAUGUUUUAAAUUAUAAAAAUCUUUAUGUGUUUUGGGAUUUAUUGAAUAAAAAAGACUCAGUUUUGUAAUUUCUUUAAAAAUAAAUGUACUUUAUUCAAACAUGUAUCACAGUUGGACCAAAUACUGUAUCAAUAUACUCAUAUACUUGAACACAAUUAGAUUUUGAGCUAACAUCAGCACUAGCUCCCCACAGAAUUAGUCCGUCAAUGUUGUAACUAGCUAUAGAAGUUAAGGUCAUAAACAGAUCUUGCUAAAACAAAAAUAAGCUUAAUUUUUCAGGUUUUUUACAUAAAUACGGUUCUACCUUUGACAAAUAAUUUCCUGUAUCUUGAUAUUUGUACCAGUAAUAGACAUAAAUCUUUUUGUUAGAGUCUGAAUUAUUUCUUAUUCUAAUGGCUUCAUCCAAGGAGGUUUCAAUGUACCGUACUCGUUGCUCUGCUGUGUAAGAUUCUUGCAAAUAUACUGAAGGAUAGAGGCUAUCUGACAAAUCAAAUAACCAAUUUAUUCUAAAAAAGAAUUGCAGAUGGUAUAUUAAACUUAUGUUAACUAUAUCUUGAAGAAUUUCUAUUCAAUAUGUAUCAAAUAACAGUGAAAACUCAGAGAAAGUUUCUGUACAAAAUUUGAUAGCCGUUUAAAAAUACUUCAGUUUCUGUUCAACAAUGGCAUGGAACCUUCUUUUGGGUUGAUGGAAUUACUUAGCAAUUAACUUGAGUUUUAUUUAGCCAAUUCUUUGAACAACGUUAGGGACGUUUUGCACUGUUACUCAUAGUGAUUUCCUAUACAAUGUAAUGUACAACUGGAAAAAAUUAAUUUCUCAGAUUCCUCAAAAUUUUGAAGAAUUGUAAUAAAUGUAUUAUUGAACUACAGUAGAAGAUUAUUAGACAACAAAGUAAUUUACCGAUCGUUCUCGUCCAUAACUAACUUGCUACAUUCCUUUUGGUAACCAUCGCCAAAGCAAUAAGGAAAGUGGUAGUAACCCCACAAGGAUUUUGGUCUUAAUUCUUUAGCCAACUUGAGUGUUUCUUCCAUAAAUAAUUUGGCACCUUCAUCAAACCUGGUACAACUCUUAGUUUAUUUAUUUUUAAUUAUAGGUAUUCGUGUUCUCUUACCUUCUUGCAGCUUCUUUUUUGAUCCACUCUUCCGGCCAAGCGGAAUAUUUUUGUCUCUCUAUAUGUUCGGAUAAUGUUUGAUAUGGCAAAAGUUUGCCCCAGUGUUGUCUGUAUAUUGGUCUCCAGCUUUCGAAGUCUAUUAUUGCUAAACCUAAAUAAAAUAUUAUAAAAAAAUAAUAAGUAUUUUUGAAAGUUUUU